UGGAUAAGUACCAUUGAGGAUGCCUAGCUUUGCACAGCUCACUUAGCUAGAGUAUUUUAGCAGAAAGCAAGGCAUCAUCUUUUUCAAAGACAAUGUCAUUUGGGGAGUAGUCAGAGGGUGUUUUUUGUUUUUGUUUUGUUCAAACAAAAAGUGGGGUGACUUCCUCGCCAUUACUGUCUAAGUGGAACAGAGGUUUAGAGGGCGCGGUCCUUCAUUUGGACUAGCCUCUGACAGUGCCAGCUCCAGUUGGUGGCUACACUGGGCCCCUCACUUUCUGCCCACUUGCCACUGAUGGAACGGGUAUCCUGAAUACUGGAGGACUCCUUGGCAACCCCUCUGUUCUCCUCUGCCCUCCCAGGCUCCCCUCCUCCCCGUACCCUCUUGGUCUCUCUGCUCAGUUCUGGGCUCAUUACUCAACCCUUGUGAGACAAGGAACACAGUAGCUGGCAAGGAUGAGCUUGGUCUGCCUGCCAAAGCAGAAAGGAAGAUACAAGAGGAAAAAAGACAGAGAGUGAAAGAAGAGAGCAAGUAAGAUAAAAAAAACUUUGAACGAAAGAAGAGAGCACCACAUUCAAAAUGGGGGACAAAUUAGACAAAUUUUCUUCAGCAGUAUGAGCUAGGAGGCCUCAACCAACCUGUCCACUUGGAUCUGACUGACUACACACACAACUGUGUCAGGUUCACAACCUACACUACCAGUCAUAUUCCCUGCCAACCAAAUCCUGUUUGAGGUGGAGUGGACAAGUGGAGAGGAAAUUCAACAACUUUUGGAGACCAGUGAAAGUUGCUAAAAAUGCUUCUUCAUUGUUAAAUAGGAAACGUUUUAGGAGGGAAUUGGACAGGACACCAAUACCAUGCCGGCUAAAGGGAAGUACCUGUUGAAUGACCAGGAGUUGAAGCAUGAGGCCCUGUACAGGAAGUUAUCCUGUAUUAGCCAGUACCAGCUUCUAGUACUGCUGCUUGGCCUCUCAAUGCUUUCCUGUGGCGUCCUCAUCAUCCUUUUCUUCGCCCUGCACCUGAGUGUGGAGGUGCACUGUGCGUUUGUGAGCGUGGUGAGCUGCAGCCUGUGUGUGUUCCUGGCUGUGUUCGUGCUGGUGUGUACAGAGACCCUGACUCAGCGCUGGAGGAAACCUCUGGGGCUGGUGGUCUGGGCCACACACCUCACUAUGGGGUUCACCUUUAUCUUUAGUGGGCCGGUUAUCCUGCCCUGGGACCAGGUUCCCUUCUUCCUGUUCAUCAUCUUCACUGUAUACACCAUGCUACCUUUCCAGAUGUGCUAUGCUGUGGUGCUCAGUAUAAUCUCCUCACUGUCUCAUAUCAUAGUUGUCACUCUAUGCCUCACAGUGUUUAGCAAAAAUCCCAGCCCCGGUCUGGCCAAUCAGCUGCUUUCCAAUGGAGUGGUAUUUCUGUGUGGCAUUAUUGUCGGGGCCUUCCAUAAGGUCUUAAUGGAGAGAACACUAAGACAGACAUUCCAGGAUACACUUCGAUGUCUGGGAAUACGCAUGAAGCUAGAGAUUGAAAAGAGACAACAGGAGAAUCUGCUGCAGUCUGUGCUUCCGGUCUACAUUUCCAUGAAGAUGAAGCUGGCCAUCAUGGAGCGCCUGCAAGAAUGCAAGGACAAAGAAGAGCAGCAACGACUUGUCAAAGACAACAAUUUCCACAGUCUCUAUGUCAAGAGGCAUGAGAACGUCAGUAUUCUGUAUGCUGACAUUGUGGGCUUCACCCGAUUGGCCAGUGACUGUUCUCCCAAGGAGCUAGUCAUCAUGCUCAAUGAGCUUUUUGGAAAGUUUGACCAGAUUGCCAAGGAGAAUGAGUGCAUGAGAAUCAAGAUCUUGGGAGACUGCUACUACUGUGUUUCUGGCCUGCCUGUGUCUCUGCCCAUGCAUGCCAAGAACUGCGUGAAGAUGGGUCUGGACAUGUGUGAGGCUAUCAAACAGGUGCGUGAGGCCACAGGUGUGGACAUCAACAUGAGAGUGGGCGUGCACUCUGGUAACGUGCUCUGUGGCGUGAUUGGCCUCCGCAAAUGGCAGUUUGACGUGUGGUCACAUGAUGUCACCCUGGCCAAUCACAUGGAGUCUGGAGGCUUACCUGGGCGGGUCCACAUCACAGAGGCUACCCUUAAGCACCUGAGCAAGGCCUAUGAGGUUGAAGAGGGGAAUGGUGGCUCCAGGGAUGCCUACCUGAAGGAGCUCAGCAUCCAGACAUACCUUGUCAUUGAUCCUCGGUCUAAGGACCAGGCUCUGAACAGUCGCAGCAUGCCUAAGCCUCGGGUGAACGACGGGCUGAAGAUGCGGGCGUCCGUGAGAAUGACCCGUUACCUGGAGUCCUGGGGGGCCGUCAAGCCCUUUGCCCACCUGCAGAGCAGAGAGGGAUACACUGACGCCAUGGUUAAUGGGAAAUCACGCUGCAAGGACAUUCCCCUGCGUCCAACUCCCUGCUCUAAGAUCCCUGAAAGCUUUGAUGAGUCUCUAGAGGAGCCCUUCUCCUUGCCUGCCCCUCGGUUCAGCACCUAUAAGAACAAGUCCCAGAAGAGCAAGUUUGAUGAGGAGUUGCAUAAUGAGAUGACCACCACUAUUGAUGAGAUGAGCAGCAAGCAGUGGGUGAAGUCUGAGGAGAUAAGCAGUCUGGCUGUGUGGUUCACUAAGAAAGAGCUGGAAAAACAGUACAGAGCCAUUGAUCUGCCCAUGUUCAAGGAUUACAUUGGAUGUGCUUCUUUCAUUUUCGUCUGCAUCUUUGCGGUUCAGAUGUUUGUGACAAAAGAUUCCAAAAUGUUGGGCAUGUCAUUUGGAGUGCUAGCCUGUGUCCUCCUGUUGACUCUGGGUAUCUGUUUUGCUGGUCACUUACAGUUGUUGUUUCCAGAAAAGUUGUCGUCUUGCCAGUGGCUGUCUGCUGUUUCGGAGGCGGUGGUCAAGAGGCCGUGUAUUCGCCUUCCUCUGGCCACCAUCACCACUGCAGUCAUCAUCAUCCUAGCAGUUUUCAACCUGUGCUUCAUCGAGACAAACCCACAGUGUGAUUCGGUUGGUUAUCCUGACCUGAAUCGGUCUAACAACUCACGUGAGCAGGAUCUACAUGGCCUUUUCUACCUGCCGUACUCUGUGUUCAGCUGUAUCCUGGCUCUCAUAGCAUGUGGAGUGUUCCUGAGGGUGAGCUUUGAGCUCAAAGUGAUCUUCCUCACCCUUGCCUCCACGGCCUACUACUACAUCAUCCUCAGCUACAAGGCUAAUCUCUUCAAAACCUACGGAUGCAUGCUUUACACACAAGUCAAUCAUAACAGCACUGAGGACUUUGGGGUCAUCCUCAGGGCGUUUGGUUUGGUCAAACACCCUCAGAUGAUGAGCUGCAUAUACAUUACUUUGUUCCUGGUCACCAUGCUUAUCAUCUCACAACAGAAUGAGUCAUGCUUCAGACAAGACUUCCUCCUGAAAAACAAGAACCGUACAGAGCAGGAUGAAAUCGAGACCAGGGAGAACCUGAACCGGCUGCUCCUGGAGAAUGUUCUGCCGGCCCAUGUGGCUGCACUGUUUGUUGGGGAGAAUAAAAAGAAUGAGGAUCUGUACUACAAAUCCUACGACUGUGUGUGCGUGAUGUUCGCCUCGGUGCCAGACUUCAAAGAGUUCUACACCGAGUGUGACAUCAACAAGGAAGGUCUGGAGUGCUUGAGGCUCCUCAACGAGAUCAUCGCAGACUUCGAUGAGCUGCUGUCCAAGCCCAAGUUCAGUGGAGUGGAGAAGAUCAAGACCAUUGGAAGUACUUAUAUGGCGGCUGCAGGGCUGAGUGGCACCCCAGGACAGGAAAAUAACCAGGACCGUGAGAGACAGCAGGCGCAGAUAGGGAACAUGGUGGAAUUUGCCAUUGCCCUCAUUGGGAAGCUGGAGGGCAUCAACAGACACUCCUUCAACAGUUUCAGGCUGCGUGUGGGCAUUAACCACGGGCCGGUCAUUGCGGGGGUGAUUGGAGCCAGAAAACCUCAGUAUGACAUCUGGGGGAACACUGUCAACGUGGCCAGUAGGAUGGAGAGCACCGGAGAGCUGGGCAAGAUUCAGGUCACAGAGGAGACGUCGGCCGUGCUCCACAAGUUAGGCUACUCCUGCGAGUGCCGAGGCCUCAUCAACGUCAAGGGAAAAGGCGAGCUGAAGACCUUCUUUUUGUGCACCGACACGAGCAAGCAGCAGGGAAUGGGUCUCAGCUGAGGUCAAAGGUGGACUCUGGGCCUAGAGGCUCCAACGCGUGCAGGGUUCACUGCAGGAUAUCGCGCGACACAGCCUUGCACUCAGCACAGAAUAAUUGUACAAAACAGUCAACAUGUUUAGAGUAAACCUUUCGGAUCCAUGCAGAGUAAUCCAUUUCAGUGCAGACUUGAGGAUGUAAACUUGGUUCAAGAGGUUGUAUUUAGGAUUGUCCACGUUGUUAGGAUUCCUGGGUAGGAAAGGUGACGUUUUUAAUGGGAAAUCAACACAGUGCCACUGACUUUUUAGGUGUCCAGUUUUACGUAUUCAGUUGGGAUGAUCGAGGUUAGUUCAAGCACUGGUCAUGAUCAAACUGGAUUCUCUAAACUGAUGAACAUGGGAACUUGCUGGAACAUAUGCACAGAAACCUUCUUCAGUCCAGUCUUACAACUUGGAGCCUUUUCUUGUGUGAAGUGUGAUGAAUAAAAUGCACCAUGUGCUGCUGUCUGUGGCAUGACAGGUGUACAUCCUCUCACAGGCACGGUUCCCUUACGGUGGGUCACUUGGUACGUCUCCACCAAUGAGCACAUGUCCGAAACACCAAGUUAAUAACUUUCUAGGUGUUGAGCCUUGCCCCUCUCUAUACUCUCAACCUCUGAAUAAAGUUCUCAUGCUUUUUUCCUUUUCUUUAGAAAGAAAUAAACGCAGUAUUUUUUUUCUUCAAAUCACACCUGUUAUUGCUGCAAUUCACCGAGGUUUACGUUGUCACUCGUUAUUUGUCAUUGAGAGGUUGGUGUUUUUUUUUUUGUUUCGAGUGAGUGAAUGAAAACUGGACCGAACCCGCGAGGCCUUGAUAGUGGCUUCUCGUUCCAUGCAAUGCUGUGAGGGACCAGAGCUGCCCCCAAGAGACGAAGUCUUUAAUGCUGGGGGUAAAUUCUGGGCUGUUAAUGGUGGCAUCUCGUUCCCAUAUUGUGGAUGUUUCAGAUUGGGCAAUAUGUCUACUGACCAUGUCCAUUGGUUAGGGCAAUUUUCUAUGGUAAUUAUAGUGGGAACUAGAUGAGUUUGGGUGAUGUAGAUGUAAUUGCGUUGUUCCUGGACCGGGCACUCAACCAUGCGUUGUUUGUACACCCUCAGGUGCUUUACAUCAGCAGCACCUAGGUUUUUUCUUUUGUCGACUGGGAUCCCAACCUUCAAGUUUUCCCUUUAUUCAGUGUAUGCCUAGAAGUGCUCUGCUUACUUAUUUGUGAGCCAGCUCUGUGCUGAGACUAGUUUUGGACAUGCCAUGGUUCCCAGCCUGAGGGACUGAACAAGAUACCACAUCUUCAGGUCCCCACACCAUUUGAGCAGACCUGAAUCGGUGUACAGAGCUUUCAGAAAUAUUCAUAACGCUUCACCUUCUCCACAUUUUGUUAUAAAUCUAAUUUAGAAUUGAUUAAAACUAUGUUGCUAUCAAACUAUACACAGUAAACUAUAAUAACAAAGUGAAAGCAAAUUUUUUUUAAAUGUGUGCCAAUUCACUCAUAUCUAGCGGGCUUUCAUCAUUCGUGAGAUGUUUCUAGAAUUUCUUCAGAGCCCACCUGUGGCCACCUAAUUUGAUUGGACAUGAUUUAGAAGGCAUUCACCUGUCUAUAUGGUCCUGCACUUUAGUGCAUGUCAGGGCAAAACCCAAGCCAUGAAGUCCAAGGAACUCUCCACAGAAUUGUGUUGAGGCAUAAAUCUGGGAAAGGUUAUGACAUUACUAAAGCACUGAAAGUUCCUAGGAGCACAGGGGGCUCCAUCAUAGUGAAAUGGAAGAAGUUUAGAACCCCUUAACACUUCCUAGUCUGGCUGUUUGGCCAAAGGCAAGAAGGGCCUUGGUUCAGCGAGGUGAUCAUAAACCUUAAAACUAGGCACUGCCUAUUACCUGGCUAAUACCAUUCCUCUGGUAAAACAUUGUGGUGAGAGCAUCAUUCUAUGGGGAUCCUCCUCAGUGGAAGGCAGACUGAGGAUGAACAAAGCAAAAUACCUGACCCAGAGUUCAAAGGACCUCAGACUGAGGCAAAAAUUAAUCUUUCAGCAUGACAGUGAUCUGAAGCACACAGCCAUGAUGACAUUGGCGUGACUUUGGGACAAGUUUGUUAAAGUCCUUGAGUGGGCCAGCUAAAACUCGGACUUGAAACCCACUGAACAUCUGUGGGGAUUUUUUAUUUUCAAUAAAUUAGCAUACAUUUAUACUGAUGUGUUUUUGCUUUGUUAUUAUGGAGUAGUCUGUAUAUAUAUUUUAAUUAACUCUAAACAGAUCUGUAGAAAGCAAAGGUUUCUCAGAUUCUGAAGGCAGGGUAAUCAGGUGUGAGCUGGAUUCUUGUUCCCAGGGAACCUUAAUACCAGUUUGGCCUUCAAAGGUGUGAUUUAAUUGGUGUUGUUGUUUUGUGCAUUUGGAUGUACACGCACACAACUCAAUGUUGUACCUUGUUACCUCCUUCAGAAUUUUUUUAUAUUCACAAAAUGUUCUCUAGUUUGUGUUCAGUGAAAAGUCACUAAUCUAUUAUUUUCCUGUUUGGCUCAUAUGGUCAUGGGACUAGGGGUUCUUUUCAAUCUCUUGCUGAAGCAUUAGAUUGUGCAAUAGGAUUUAAACGGUCAUUUCAGAUUACACCGACAUGCCGCGUUUACUGUGAAUGGUGUCUUCUAUAGUAGAAAUAUUGCCUUUUAAGAUUUAUCACGCUGUAGAAAUGAUUUGUUGUAUUAAAGGUUGAAUAGAACCUUAAACAUAAAUGCUGCCUAUCCUGCCUCCUGAAACAUCUGUGAGACCGAUUGAAAAUCUUUGUUCCGUUACUGUGUAAUGGACCAAUGUUGUGAAAACAUUUUUGUCAUAAACAAAAAUCUGAGAAGGCAUACAAAAGUUAAACUGUUGUCAAAUAAUCUUAAACACAUGCCUCAAACUGUUCUGUACAAUACAAUCAGUUCUGAAAAUCAAGUGUUGACUGUUAUAAAAAUAAUGGACAGGAGUGUAUACAUUUGACUGAAAAACAAACCCCCCGAGUGUUGUUCAUCAAUACGGUACGUUUGCUAUAUUUGUUUUAAAUACUUGCUAUCACUGGCCAACUUCUAUAUGCUGCCCAUCCAUGUUUUCAGGGAAUCACUGGUCAAAAUGACAUCUUACUUAGCGUCUUUUAUUUACCUAAGCCUUCUGUUAACUAAUGACUUUCUAUUGCUGCAGACCUGAACAUCUAUGAGACUAGACCUUUAAGAUGCAUUCUUUGUGCCUCAGAAAAUGUUCUUUUCUUACGGCCUUAUUCAACGUCUGAAUGCCAAACAAAUGUGUCCAUGUCUUUGUUGUGUUGCUUUCAUGUCAAAUGUGAGUUUGCAUUUUGUACAGUUGUUACGUAUGAAUAAAUUUGUUUGCCAGUU